AUGGUACUAAUGGACUUAACAAAGAGUAGCAUGAAGCAGGAUCAUCCAGCCAGUCAUAGUCGUUUCAGAAAAGCGCAGGAAAUUGUUUACGAAAAAUUCGGUCCAAGUGUCAUGUUGUAUGGGCUUGGUAUCCACUUGACACGUAUAUUUAAUACAAAUUAUAUUAAUGAAAAUGAAAUGAAAUUUAACCCAAGAUUGAUUGGACUAAUAUCCACAGUAACAUUAAUAUUGAUUGAUAUGUGUUUGAAUAUGACACUCUCGACAUACACUUAUUCACAAAUGCCAUUUGGAUAUACCUAUGUUUUAAUUAAUUUGAAACUCGACAUUACCGCUCUUUAUAACAAGAAACUACGUUUUACACAAACAGUAAGAGAAAUAAGUGCACAAAAACAAGCAGAAGCAGAAUUAUGCUUCUCUCAAAUGUACAACUUAUCCGAGGUUCAUUAG